GGCAUCGAAGAUACAAACUAAACCCUAACAGCCGUCAUGGUGAUGUGCAAGUGUGGUAGAGCAGCAUUGAUGAAGACAUCGAAGACCUCCAAAAACCCUGAACGGAGAUUUUAUACAUGCCCACAAAUGAGAUCAAAAUGUAAGUUCUUUGUGUGGAUUGAUCCUCCUGUGAACUCUCCUCCAUCCCCAGAGUUAGGGUUUCAUAAAGCCCCAAAUCACAGUUCGAGCAUUGAAGUCAGAUUUGAAGAAUUGAAGCAUGAAAUUAGAAGAAAGGAUGCUGCAUUAGUGAUGAGUUGGUGUAUACUUGUUGGCCUUUUAGUGUUAAUCCUUGUAGUUGUUUUGAUCAGUCUUCUUUUGAAGCCUUCAUAAUGUUAAUCCAGUAAU